UCUUUCGACACCCAAAGGUCGCAUGGUGUCAGGGACGCGCCUAGUCACGGGAACAGUUUAGAGCGCGUUCAUGAGGUGCAAGAUCGCGCUUUAACACUGAGGAGCCAACCUAAUGGUUUACAUAGGGUCACAACGACUAAUCAAUGAUUUGUGCCGAGUAUUUUUGUCUUGUCCGGCGUUUAUUUUGCAAACAUUUUCUAUUUUGCACGGGAAGAAACUGACAUAGCAAACUCAUCUGUAUGAUCGGGGAUCAGGAGCACACAGUAUGGUCCGGGAAACCAGACAUUUAUGGGUGGGAAAUUUACCCGAAAAUGUCCGAGAAGAGAAGAUCAUUGAGCACUUCAAGCGAUAUGGACGUGUGGAGAGUGUCAAAGUCCUACCUAAGCGGGGUUCAGAAGGUGGAGUUGCAGCAUUUGUGGAUUUCGUGGACAUUAAAAGUGCUCAGAAGGCUCAUAAUGCUAUCAACAAGAUGGGGGACAGAGACCUGCGCACUGAUUACAAUGAACCAGGCACAAUUCCUAGUGCUGCGAGGGGGCUAGACGAUAGUCUGUCCUUAGGCUCUCGUGGCCGGGAUGUAUCAGGGUUCACAAGGGCGGCUGGGGGGGUCGUGUAUGGGCCCCCCACGUCGCUCCACAGCAGAGAUGGACGCUAUGAACGCAGACUAGACGGGACUGCUGAAAGUCGGGAGCGGGCAUAUGAUCACGGUGCCUAUGGACAUCACGAGCGUCCUGGUAGCAGUUUUGACCGCCAGCGGCACUAUGACACAGACUAUUAUCGUGAUGCAAGAGACAGGACUCUAAGCACAGCUGGGAGCGGGUCCGGCACCUCCAGUGGAAGCGGUACUACAACGUCGUCAGGAGUUGGUGGAACUAUCGUUAGUGCUGUUGCUGGCAACACAGGAACAAGCGGAUCAGCAGGGGGCACGACAGCAGGAGGUGGAGGAUCUACAUCCAGUGGGGUCAGCUUCUACCGCUCCCACAGCAGGAGCCCUUGUCGCUUUGAGACACCUGAGCCUCGCUAUGAGUCUCGUGCCAGGGAACCUUUUACUUUGGCCAGUGUGGUUCACAGGGACCUUUACCGGGAGGACAGGGGUAGGCGUGGGGAGCGGUCAUACCGCCAGAGUCGUAGCCGGUCUCCACACUCAACGCAUUCACGGAAUCCCUCUCCCCAGAGACUGGCGAGUCAGGCCUCCCGCCCUCCACGCUCACGCAGUGGGUCAGGCUCUCGCAGCCGCUCCUCCAGCUCAGACUCAGUCAGCAGUACCAGCAGCAGUACAAGUGGCAGUGAUUCUAGCAGUAGUUCAAGUGACGAUUCCCCGGCACGUUCGGUGCAGUCUGCUGCUGUUCCUGCACCCUCAGCACACCCUUUAUCCUCCCUUGACAAGGAUGAACCACGUAAAAGCUUUGGCAUCAAGGUGCAAAAUCUUCCUGUGCGCUCUACAGAUACAAGCCUGAAGGAUGGUUUGUUCCAUGAAUUUAAGAAACAUGGCAAGGUCACAUCUGUACAAAUUCACGGCGCUUCAGAGGAGCGCUAUGGGCUUGUAUUUUUCCGCCAGCAAGAGGACCAAGAGAAAGCGCUUGGUUCAUCGAAAGGAAAGCUGUUUUUUGGCAUGCAAAUUGAUGUCACAGCCUGGAAUGGGCCUGAAACAGAAAGUGAGAACGAGUUUCGCCCCUUGGAUGAGAGGAUAGAUGAAUUUCAUCCAAAGGCCACACGGACAUUAUUCAUUGGAAACCUGGAGAAGACUACAACUUACCAUGAUCUGCUCAACAUUUUUCAACGCUUUGGAGAAAUAGUGGAUAUUGAUAUUAAGAAGGUGAAUGGAGCCCCACAGUAUGCCUUUCUACAAUACUGUGACAUUGCCAGUGUCUGCAAGGCCAUAAAGAAGAUGGAUGGCGAGUACCUUGGUAACAAUAGACUAAAGCUGGGCUUUGGAAAGAGUAUGCCUACAACUUGUGUUUGGUUGGAUGGAUUAGCGUCAAAUACAACCGAGCAAUUUCUUACUCGUCAUUUCUGCCGCUAUGGGCAUGUUGUCAAGGUUGUAUUUGACAGAAUGAAAGGAAUGGCCCUCAUCUUGUAUAAUAACAUUGAAUAUGCACAAGCAGCUGUCAAAGACACAAAGGGGUGGAAGAUAGGGGGCAGUAAAAUCAAGGUGGACUUUGCCAAUCAAGAAAGUCAGAUGGCUUUCUAUCGUUCAAUGCAGGCAUCUGGCCAGGAUAUUCGAGACUUUUAUGACAUUCUCUCUGAAAGAAGGGAUGAUCGACGAACUCAAUAUGACUUUCAAGCAGAAAGACAAUACUAUGAAAAUGUACGAACACCAGGAGCAUAUACUGAAGAUCCGCGUCGUAAAUACUCUGCUAGAAGUCGGGAGUUUUACACUGAAUGGGACCCAUAUCAGGGGGAUUACUAUGAUCCACAGUACUUUGAAGAUCCCCGAGAAUAUCGGGAAUACAGAGCUGACCCUUAUGAGCAGGACAUUCGCAAAUACAGUUAUUUGCAGCGGGAACGUGAACGAGAGAGGGAACGCUUUGAAACAGAUCGUGGACGUGAUUAUGGGAGAAGGACCAUCGAGCGUAGCCAAAGCCCAUCUCACAUUGCCACUCGCUGUCCUGCUAGUCCCACUGCAUCUCCUUCACUCUCCGAGAGAAUACCAAGUGAAUCGGACCGCCGUAUUUGUUGUCGAUCUUCUGACAGAAGUGGUAGCUGCAGUUCAGUCUCUCCCCCAAGAUUUGAAAAACUUGAAAAGGCACGCUCUGAAAGGUAUAAUAAAACUGACAAACUUGAAAAGGAUCGAGUUUUUGAAGUUGAAAGAGGAAGUUUGAUUGAAAAGGAGAAGCGGGCUGGACGUAAAGAUAGAGGGGAUAAAGACAAAAGUGAAAAACAGAGGCUUAAGAAGCUCAAAGUUGCAUCGCCUAUUGUCCAAGCAUGUGAAACAGAACCGGAGCUUGAGCGAGAUGUUAGUCCUGAGUUUGUGCUUCGAGGUAAAAACUGUAAAAUUCCAAAGGAAACCUUAAGCAAAGGAAGGUUAGACCUACCUCCUUGUGUUGUGCAGUUAACACGUGUUAAAGAAAAAGAAGGAAAAUUGAUUGGACGUGCUGUCCAAGAAAAACAAAUACAGAAGAGUGGGAAUGACAGUCCUAGAUUGGCAUCGCCUUCAGCUGACCAGAGGAGUCCUCCAUUCCGCUCAGAACCAUCAAAAGGUGAUAUUUCUAAGCAUGGAAAGGUGCCCAGAGAUAAAAAUAUGCACAGUUUAGUGGAGGUUAUUGACAAGGAUGCUAAAAUCAAAUCCAAAAAACAUGCAAAAUCUGAAAUGGGAUUUGACAGCAGUAUUUCUGUGGAUAUUGACCGUUUAGCCGCAAGGAAAAGGCGUUUUGAGGACUCUGGGAAAACUGAUCGACAAAAGAGAACUAGUGAGGAUGACCUUGGUAGACCUGGACUUCAUAAACUGUGGAACAAUGCUAAGGACACUGAUUUGGAUAAGAACCCUUUGAUAAAAGGGAUGCAUAAAAAGGAGCACCACAAGGAUAGAUGUGUCCGAGUGGUCUCAGUUAACAGUCCUAAAGAUGGACGAGACUGUGAAAGGACCUCUGUAGACCUUUCUCUGGAGCGGCAGUCACGGCAAGGUGAACUGCUGGAAGAUUCUACAGAUCAGUUAGACGCUGACUACCUUAAAAUGGAUUUAGAGGCAUCAAAAAGCGAAAAUGGCUCUAGUCUCACAAAGAUGUCAGAUGAUGGCAGUAUUGAUUUGGAUGAACAACAGAAACAAGUUUUGUCUGAAAAUGAACAAGGUAGAGGGAAAUGCAGAGACUCGGAUGAUGGAGAUGAACACUUUGUGCACACUGGCCAGACUAAAAUUUGCACAAAAGAAAUUGAACAGAGUCGAUGGCUUCGACCAGUGCUUGGUGAUUCGGAUCAGUUAGUCAAGUUUGAAAAUCCAUCAAGUAAUGAGACACGUGAUUUUGAAAAGGAUUAUAUCAUGCAUGGUGUUGGAAAACCAGUUGAGGAUAUAGUCAAUGAUGACUUCUCUUCCUGUAAAAGAAAGAAACUUGAGAAUUUUGACUUUGAAAUAGUCACUGCAAAAAGAGAGCACAAUUUUGCAAGUUCUCAAAAGUUGAGUGAGGACAUUUAUCAAAGCAUAACAUCCUCAUUAGGAAGUGGUCACUUUUCUGCAAAUGAGGAUGAUGACACUGCACAAACUGUAGUGUCAGAUAUAAACAAACAAAGAAAAUCCUCUCCAUCAGCAGAUGAUACAUUUUCACACACAGAGUCACUGAAAAACUCUUUGGGCUUGACAGCCAGACAUUUUCAGUCUUCUGAUACUGAGCUCCCAAAGCUUAAGACACCCUUGCUUGGAUGUGAUGAGGAGUUAAUGCAACGUUGGGAAAGAAGAAUUAAGUCUGACUCACUUAGAAUGGAAAUGACAUUCCCAAGUGACAUUGCAAAACGUGAAAGCAUUCGUAGACGACUUGGCCAGGAUUUGGAACCUGGGGAAGUGCAGUCAGAUUCAGAAGACGAUGAUGAUGAUGAUGAUGAUGAUGAUGAUGCAGAAAACAAACACAUGUCUCCCAAGUCCAAUAGUUCUUUGUCUUAUAUUCUCAGGGAACGAGAUGAGAGGAUAAUAGAUCUGAAACAGUCAGGCUCCUUGGAAAAGAAUAAGUUUUAUUCUUUUGCAUUAGAUAAAACUAUAACUCCUGAUACAAAAGCACUCCUGGAAAGAGCCAAGACGCUGUAUUCUUCAAGGGAAGAUAAUUGGUCUUUCCUUCCCUCGCGUUUUCCAGCCUCCCCCAGCUGUUCAGAUAAGGACAAGGUAGAGCUAGCACCUCGACCUAUUCCUUCUUGGUAUAUGAAAAAGAAGAAGAUUCGUACUGACUCGGAUGAAAAGCUGCACGAUAAAAAGGAGGAACUUAAACCACAGGACCAAGAGCGUCAGGAACUGUUUGCCUCUCGCUUCCUGCACAGCUCAAUCUUUGAACAGGAUUCCCGACGUUUGCAACGACUUGAACGUAAAGACCAAGAUUUAGAAACUGGAGUUGGUAGGCCUUUUGGAAAACCAGGUGCAACUGAGGCAGAGCCUGAAUCUGGAGCAGGUGACAUCCCACAAGAGCCCAUAGUACUUUUCCAUAGCCGGUUUCUGGAGCUUCAACAACAAAAGGACAAGGACCAUCCCUCACCUGAUACUGAGAAUGAUUCGAUAGUGGCUGAGAUUAAAAGAGAUGAAGUGCAGAAUUGUGAAAAUGUGCCAACUGAUAAGGUUUCUGAGCCAUUACUUAAGGUUGAUAGCAAAUCAGCCAGCCCCCCAUUAACCUUGUCUGUUUCACCAUGUGGUCCUUCCUCCAAAGAAAUGUCACCAGAAAAGAGAGAAGUUUUAACUCCAUCCCCGGAUCAACCUGUUUUAUUUGUCAAAGAAGAAAAAGUGGAGCUGGUUCUUGACAUGUCCCCUUGUCAUUCUCUUCUUAUGGAAGAUUUGAAACCAGUUGUUCCGAAGCUAACCAUAACUCCACCAUUUGCCCUUUCAGAACCAGAAAAUGAAAUGGAAACAAAAGGAGAGUUAAGUGAACCCAAAGUGAAAACUGGUGAUAGUUUGUCAGUGGAACAGAACCCUCUUGUGGAAGAUAAACCCCCUACUCCUGGUGGUUCUCUAAGUGGGUUUGAGACUGUAGAAUUAGCUUAUUCAGACUAUCCAAAGAUUGAAGAAAAAUCUGAAAUUAUUAAGAUGGAACCUAAAAUAGAAAAUCCAGAAACUAAGCACUUUGAUGAAUCUCUCAAAACUGAGACAGAUAGAGAAGCAUGUAUGCCAGAACUAGAGGGUGAAAUAAAACCACUACCAAAUCGCAGACAGCCUAAGAGUAAAAGGGCAAAACCACUGUCAGUUUUGCGUUCCUCCCAAAGUGCUGCCACAGAGAAACCUGCAACACGAAAGAGUGAACGGAUUGACAGAGAGAAGCUCAAAAGGGCCUCAUCUCCUCGAGCAGAAGCACCAAAGGCGUCACUUGAGUCUAAAACCACAUCCAAGUCACCAAGUCAUGCAUCAGAUUCUGAACAAAACCUCGAAUCAAGUUUGAUCCAUGGGAGGACACGUCGCAGGAAUGUAAGGUCAGUCUAUGCCACACUGCAUGAAGAUGACCAAGUUGGCAAAGAGGUAGAGUCAUCACGCUCCAUGCGCAAACGUGGUGCUGAUAAAGAACCAAUACAACAAGAUGUUCAGAUCCCAGCUACCAAUACUAGACGAGGACGCCCACCAAAGAGAGGCGUCAAACGAGGUGACGAUGUAUCACCAGUAAAAGGGGAACAGCAGAAAAUGAUGGAAGAAGACACCGAGGUCAGAGAGACCUCAAAUACUGCAGAGACUGUGAAAGCCCCUGAGGGGUGGCGUUCACCACGCACUCAAAAAGUGCAGCAAACACACCUAACUUUAUCUUCUCCAGUUAACAAGAAAGGAAAUAGAACAGACAAACAGUCUGGGAGCACUACGAUACUAGCUGAACAAGCUGAUCUGGCAAGUCAAGAUGAGUCAGAGCUUAAGCCUAAAGCAGAUUCAGAAGUUUUUGGGAAGUUAGAAACUGUGGAAAACACAAGCUCACCAGUGCACAGAAAUGAAAAAGAUUUAAAAGAUUCUGGUGGAAAAAAAUCUGUUGAUGGGGAAAAGAUAGAAAGCAGCUCCACUGAGAGGACACAGCAGCCUGAAAAAAGUGUUAAAAUGAAAACACCAAGGUUGAAAAGAAAUACCAAGCAGAAUACUGAGGAUAAAUCACACAGCUUAAAAAAUCUUGAGAUCCGUGUAAGCAUUGAUGAUGUAAAAAGUUUACUUCGUUCAGAGGAUGAUGAACCUGAGUCGUUUGAAGCUCCUACUGUUGCCAAAACCAAGAUGUUAGUGCAAGAGAAUGAGGAAACUAAGGUAAUAAGCUUUCCAAAAGAAUCAAAAGAGCUUGGUGUACAGGAAAAGGAAGACACUCUAUCAGAAUCUGAACUUCCUGAUGAUCCAGCUGCUGCUCUCUUAGCACGGCAGAUGGAAUUAGAGCAGGCAGUAGAAAAUAUUGCCAAACUUACAGUUGAACAACCUUCCCGGCCAUAUAAGGAGCCACCUUCAGUACAACCUACUAUAAUGCCUCCUGUCAUAGUGGAGCCAGAAGGUGAGGUUGAGGAGGAAAAGCGAGCUAAUCCUGCAAGUGAAACGGAACUUGCAGCUGCUAUUGAUUCAAUUACAUCUGAAGAAACAUGUGCAGAUGCAGAUGGGUUCACAGCUCCCCCUACUUACACCGCUCUUAUUCCUACCCCUGAUUCCCUGAUAUCAUCAUCCUCCAGUGAGAUUAUGGAACCUGAAACGCACAUGGUGAUCAACAAUAUUCUUGCAGCGGACUCAGAUAAUGGGCCUCUAACACCCAGCCAAAAGAGGCCAAUAGCAGAGUCUAAGGCAGCUGAAGAUCCCCCUCUACUUGAAAUGCCCAAGAAAACAGGCAAAAUUAGAGCAAAACCCCCAAAGAAGUCAAGAAGUCGUAAAGGUGUAGCUAACAAGAAAGGGGAUACCACUCAAGAUGUUUCACAACCGGAACCCUCCCCAGUCAAGUUGCCGGAGUCAAUCCCAGAAGAUCCAGAAACACUUAAUUUAAAAACAGUAACUGUUACUUCUGGGGCAACUGCAACUGCCUCUGUUGUCACUGCUGUUGCAACUUGUAGGCGUGACAUUACAAGUGCUAUAACUGUAGACACGCCCAAAGAGGCGGAACAGCCUGAGGUUGAGCAGCCUGUACCCAAAGAAUCUGCUUUUCAUUCAGGCACAAGCAACAUCUCCAGCUGUAAAAAGCAUCCCCAGGCAGUAGAGCCAUCUACCUCUAUUAUUGCUUCUGCCCCUGCUCGCCUACAACCUGUAUCCCAGAUUAGUGUACCGCUACCACGGCCUGCCAAAAUACCACUUUCACCAGACUGGCCUCCGAGAUCAGAAGAAAGUAGAAUCUAUGUCGCUCCUCCUUGUCACGUCACAGUGGUAACUCCUUCUGUACAGGCAUCAACUACACUUGGAACCCCUUCAACAAAUCCCACAAUGCCACCUGACACAAAGGCCUCUGAUAUCGAUCCGAGUUCUAGUACCUUAAGAAAAAUCCUAAUGGAACCUAAAUAUGUGUCUGCAUCAAACAGCAAUUCUAUACCUACCACUAUGGUGACAUCUGCACUGUCAGAUCCUUCACGCAUGUCAGAGAAUGAAAAUCCCUGUCAUACACUGGGUUCAAGACAGUUGCAUCCUGAAGAGAGACCACCUUUACCCUCCCAGCCCAUACACCACAAACCAUCUCCACUGACAGAGUCCCAACAGAACUGUGGAGAGAAGACCCACCAGACAGUUAUUUCUCCUGCUACCUCAGUAAUAAGUCGAUGUCCAAUGCCUUAUGAUACAGAGGAAACACCGCGAAUUUCCCUAAGCAACAGAAGUAUCAGCCUGUCUGUUCCCAAGCAAAAAUAUAGAUCAAAUUCCAAUGAGAAUAAUCGCUACCAUGGCACGGAUAUAGUAGAAGAUGGGUCUCGAGGGCACUCAGUUGUUGAGUCCACUACCUACAGUACAGGCUCAAGUCCUGGCCUAAGAGUCAAUACAUCAGAGGGCGUUGUUGUUCUGAGUUAUUCUGGUCAGAAAACCGAAGGACCACACAGGAUGAGAGCCAAAAUUAGUCAGAUUCCUCAAGCUAGUGCUGGUGAUAUAGAGUUUCAGCAGUCUGUGUCCAAAUCUCAGAUAAAGCAAGACCCACUCAUUGCAUCAUCUCAGUCACCUGCCCCAAAAGUAGCCCCUACUCCUUCAUCUUAUGGGCACACAGGGGUCCUCUUAACCAGUCAGUCCUAUAAUGCUCAACCUGUCAUUUCCAGUACCAAGCAGGACAGUCUUGGGUGUGACAAAUCUGAAGCUUCAUAUCGCCCAGCAGUAAAGAUGUUCCAACAGCCAGUUAGUUCUCCUCAAGUUCUGAUGUACAACCAAGCUGUGAUACAGCAGCAGCAUGGCAAGAGAGGACUGGGGACAGAACCGCUACCAAAAAAAAUAGACAUUGGCAAAGCUGUCCAGCAGUCUAACCUCAGCCCAGUCUUGAGUCCACACCACCCAUCGCUCUGUGGAACCCGCAUGAGCCCUAGCCCUGGCAUCUCAACUGAUCGGCCAGGUCUGCACCUCAAACAAGAACCUCAAUCUCCACGUACAGCUGUUCAUUCUCCUUCACCCUUUGUCAAAGCCUGUCCUCCAAGCAGUUCACCUAUUGCAACUUCUGUUGUUCUGGGUCAUGGAAUGCCAUCAAUGUCUACAUAUCAUUCAAGUAUGCAUCAUCCACACUCAGAACAGUCCUCUGUCAUAAUUCAACCUCACAGUGUUACCCAGCCCGUGGCUCAGGAGACCAGAAUAAACAGCCCACCAAUGUCUGGGAUUAACUAUGGAAGGCGAGGUGACUCCUUGUCUUCUCCCCACCCAGGGCCUCCACAGCGCUCAAAUACACCACAGCCUAAUGUCAUUCGAGAUAUGGUACUGCAAUCUCAUUCAAGUCCCCAGGGGUCAGGUUCAAGUGCUGGAGGCAGCAGUGUAAGUGAAGAAGAUCCCAGACAGUUUAACCAAGCCCUUAGUAGACCAUCAGUGCCCCAGCUCCAAUCAGAUGUAAUGAUGAUUCACAGUGAUCACAGAGGGCUCCACCCAAGCAUACGCUUGGACCAGUACAGAGACAUGCAUCAGCGCAUCCUUGUGCACAAGCAGUUGGGAGAGCAGGCCACUUUAGAAGCAAGACAGUCACGCACCUUAGAAACUGGAACGUCUUCAUGUAACAUCUCUGGGCCUUCCAAGAGUCCUAUAGUGGGGAAGGGCAUUGAACUUUCCACGAAAGAAUCUCUCAAGCCACUAGAAGGAAAACUAAUACAUCCACCCUCCAAUGAAAGUAGAAUCAGAGGUGUCCAUGCAUCUAGUCCUGUCAUGGUGUCUCCUCACCCUCAUGGGGUUCAGCUUAUUCAUUCAGGAGGUGCAGCCUCCUUUCCAGUAUAUCGGGAGAUGCGGGGCUUCCCAUCCCAGUUUCCAGGGCAUUCUUCAUCAGGACACAGCCUGGCUAACCAAGGCAUUACUUCUUCACAGGUCCCUCCGGAACCUGAGCUGAGCCACAGGGGUAAAAUGUCUCAGUCACAUGGGGGAGGAAGUGAUUCCAAGCCGGAGAGUUCCCAUCUUCGUCAUGCUACCUCUACUGACCUCUCACACAUUUCCAGAAUAUCAGGGGAUACAGUGUCACCAUCAUACCAAUCUCCCAUGACGUCCCCCAUGAGUCUUACUCACAAGCCAGAUCUUUCACUACAGAAAGGCCCUCCAGCCUUCCUGUCAACACCUCCACCAGCAGUACCCUCAUCAAGUUCACUGCAGCCACGGCCUGAUGCUAAGUUGGAACAUUCAGGGCAUCGUUCCAUUGACAUGGUGCAGCUUUUGACGAAAUAUCCCAUUGUAUGGCAAGGCCUCUUGGCACUGAAGAACGACCAGGCUGCUGUUCAGUUACACUUUGUUUCUGGCAACACUAUGCUGGCCCAGCGCUCCUUACCACCACCAGAGGGAGGUCCUCUUCUGCGUAUUGUCCAGAGGAUGAGGCUUGAGGCUUCCCAGCUGGACAGUGUGGCGCGUAGAAUGACUGUGGAGAAUGAAUACUGUUUGCUACUGGCUCUACCCUGUGGUCGAGACCAAGAAGAUGUCCUUGGUCAAACCCAAGCCUUGAAAAGUGGCUUCAUCACCUACCUGCAAGCCAAACAGGCAGCUGGCAUCAUCAAUGUGCCCAACCCUGGAUCUAAUCAGCCAGCUUAUGUGGUGCAGAUUUUCCCACCGUGUGAUUUCUCAGAGAGCCACCUCUCGCGCUUGGCUCCCGACCUUCUCAACAGCAUCUCCAGCAUUUCCCCUCACCUCAUGAUUGUCAUUGCCUCUGUUUAAUUACCUCCAUUUUUUCUGAACAAAGCCAACACCAGCCCUUCUAGACUCAUCCAGUUUUGUAAACUGGUAUUGCCUCAUAUUUUUAUGAUUUUGACUUUUUAAAAAAAUCUAAUUUACCAUGCACUCGCCUUUUCUCCUUCACUUCACCGAGUCCUUAAGUCACCCACUGACGUUGAAUUCCAAAAACAAUACCUUUAUGGAGAAGAUACGACAUGCUGAAUGGGGAUUUUUGAUGAUCGUUUCUGAUUACUCAUUUCAUUUUUGCCAUUUUUGGAAGUGUUGUUCAUAGCCUUUUUUAAUUCAUAGCAGUCAUAGAGCUAUGGAUUGAAAACUUCCUAUGGGAUAUUUUUUACCUUCAAAAAAAAAAUUUUUUUUUUUUUUUUUUUAAAGAAAAACAAUGUGAAGUCAUUGCACUAUGUUAACGAAAAAUUGUAAAUUCUGUACAGAUUUGAGUAUAGUAUGAUACAUGUUAUGGAAUUACUCUCGUGAUCAGCCAUGCUUGUGGAAGAUAAAAGAAAAAUCAUUGCCUGGAAAAUUAUCAAGAAUCAUUUCAUCCUGAUCAAUCAUACUGUUUUUGCUCCUUCACCAUCAGUCAAAUUCUACUUUCUGGACUCAACUCACACACCCCUGAAGCGUUCCCUGCCCCAGGAACUCUUGAAGGGACCUUUAGAGUUGUAUAGUUUACACGCAAUGCCUCAACAGGGGACAAUAUAAAGAAUAUUUAAUUUGUUUAUUAUUAUUUUGCAUCUUCUUUAAGCCUAAGGGUAUUGUGGACAUUUGUGAAACUGUAAAUAUAAAUAUUUAAAGACUGAAGCAAUGGAGAGACCAAGUUAAUUAUUUUACAAGAUAGAUCAUCAAAUGUCUGUGGUUUUUUUCUUUCAUUUUGUUCUUUCUUUCUCACUCUCUCUGGAGGGGAGUGGUGGAAAAGUUCUGUACAGGAUCAAGGAGUGAUAGUGACAAAAAAAGAGGUUUAAUUGAUUCUGUGCCAAAACAACUUUUGCAAAUGCUCAACAUACACAAUGUAUCUAAAACUAAAUUUGAUCAGAACCUAUUUUCAUAUGAGACUUUGUAUUUUGCCAGUCAACAGCCAGACUUGAUUUUUUUUUUUUUUUUUUUUGGUAAUGUUCAUCAACCAAACUCUGUUACAACAGUGCUUUUACAUUUUGACAUUGUAUUCUCAUUUUAAAAGAACCAUUGUAUUGUAGGGGUUGCAUUUCUGUUUGUUUUCCUUCUCCCUAAUGUGGUCCUCUACUGCCCCCUACUGUCUGAAAAUCAUUCUCCAAUAUAUUAAUCCUGAGCUUUUUUAAGCCAUAACUUCAGGAUGGAUGUGUUAUAGCAUGCAUUAUUUUCAAAUCUUAGAGGGUAAAGUAAAAUCAUAAAGGAAAAGAAUGUGACUUGAACUUGACAUCAUACCGCUAAUGGAUGUGUUGAUCAUCUGUCUCUAGCCCUUCCCUUAACUGUCUCCUUGAGCCAAGCUGUAAAUACUAACGUCCUUAAUCUGUGCUUGUGUAUUUUAUUUUCUCCUUUACAGUUGUCUUUCUUCAGGGUCCUUAUUUUUGUUUUGUGCAACAAAACAAAGCAGUCUGGAAGAGACAGGAGAUGGGAUGUGUGAAACCGAUGCUGAAAGUAAAACCAUGCUUGUCAGUUCUGUGGUGUAAAUAUUUCUGUGACUGCAAGCUGAAUACUCUCAUGGUUAUGUUGAAGGCACUUAUAAUUUUUGAUAAACAAAGAAAAAGACAAAACAAAAAAACUUAAACAGUGAUUAAUAUGAAAACUGUCUUUUGAUCAAUCUUCAUUUUGAGUGUAUUUUGCUGUUCCUCCAUGAGGACAUUUUAACAUGUAAAAUAAAUUGUUGUUUAACUUCUGAAGAUCAUUAAAUGGUCAGUCACUCUG